GGUGUCGCUAGCAGUGCCAGAAGUGCUGUCCGCUUUACACAACACACCGCUCUACACCAGACAAAAGCUGUAGUUUAUUUCUUUUGUGACUAAGUUAACUAAAGUUUAGCGAGAAAAUUGUUUUAUAUGCAUCAGACUGUAAAGAUUAAUUUAUAUUUGUUUGAAAAUACAUGUAACUGGUAAAAUGGAACUUUUUUUAUUAAAGAGAGUGAAGCUGUUGUCUCUGAUUAUUAUAAUGGUGAGAUCAGCGUCUAGUUUAACAGGUAACGAUGAUAACGCUGAGAUGAACGAACCACAAGAUGCUGACGCCAGCUGGUUGCAGACACCUCCUUACCCUCACAUUCAACCCGUGUUGUCGUCGAGCUCGAAGAAAAUGGCCAGAAUGACCACGGACGACGAGGGUAAUGGUGAGUCUAGACCAGUAGUGGUGAGAAGUGUCGACGAUGAGGAGACAAUCUCGCAGGAUGAGAGGGAGGCAGAUGGAGACACAUUAUCUCUCACACUGAAGAAGAUGGCAUUAGACAGAGCUCUUAGUAUCCAGGGACGAGCUUCGUCAAGUAAAGGUGAUGUGCUCCACUGUGAUGAGUUUAUCAACAGUGAUGAAUUCUUCAUCCACUCCCCUGGCUACCCUAACAACUACCCUGCCAAGGGCGAUCUGGACGACGCUGCAGAAGGUGCUUCAGGGGCAGCGCAGGCGGGGUGCGGGCAUGGGUGGGCGCGGGCGUGGAUGGGUGUGGGUGGGCGCAGGCGGGCGUGUGAGCGUGCGGGCGGGCGUACGGGCGGGCGUACGGGCGGGCGCGCGGGCGGGCGCGCUGCACGGGACCAGAAGGAUGGUCCCCCCAUCAAUGAAGAAUUACACAGGAGCCACAAUAGACUGGUGAACAUCAUGGAUAAAUGGAACCAAGUGUGGCACAGGGAUUACUGGACAGCCCUGCGAGAACAUUUCUAUGGUGCUGACCCCGAGACAAACAAGAUGAUGCUGAGUGAAGGGGACCUGGUGCUAGUAGAAGCUCAGGAACCCAGGGCAUACUGGCCUCUAGGCCUGGUGGUGUCGACCCACCCAGAUAAGGCUGGACGGUUGAGAAUGGUGAAGGUGAGAAUGAAUGGUGCUGAGACCAUAAGGCCCAUCAACAAGCUUUUGCCUCUCGAGGUCCACAUGGUGGGAACGGCCACCUUCCUCUUCCCGUCGUCACUCAUGAUGGUGGAGUUCCGUAGUAGCAGCGGCCACGGGGCGUCUGGCUUCCUCUUGCAUGGCCGCCAGGAGAAAACCUGCCGCUUGCCCAGGACCCUAGGUGCUCCCCUUACCUCCUCGGUAUCCUGCGACAGACGUGUUGAGGGUGAUACCUUCGUGAUAAAGUCGCCGGGUUACCCUGGGCAGUACUCGCACAACCUGGAGUGUCAGUUCACGGUGGUGCGGGGACAACCCAGCCACUGUGGGGUGCAGCUGCUGGUGGAGACAUUCAUCGUGGAGGACGGCAGCUGUAUGUUUGACUACCUGGAAGUGCAAGGACAGCGGCUGUGUGGCCAGCUUUCUCCAGGCUUCACACGUUACUUCGAAUUUGAGGGAGGCGAACUCAGCAUAAGAUUCCGCACUGACGAAUCGACAAGUAAGGACGGGUUCUCCAUCCAAGGCAAGCAAGUGUCUUGCGACGAUCUUGUCCAGUCUUCUAUCAGCCCCUCUCCGCCAGGCAGAGUCGACAAUGAGCACUCCCUUUCUUCUUCAUCAGAAUCAAAUAAUCGUUCAUCAGCUACUUCAUCAACUCCCUUUCUAACUCCAAACUCCUUAACGAAUCAGUCAGAUAUCGACAUAAACUACAUCCUAUCACUCAUUGGUCGACGGCCCAUACUGAAGGAGGAGGCUGAAGCUGCUGAGGCUGUUGAAGAGGACUUCUUGGAGUUGGAUUCCGGACUCGUGACGGAGGGAGACGCUAAACAAAACCAAAACUUACCAGGUAAUCCGAAUUUUAAUCCUUUCACGAGCACUGGAUUGCAACCUACUUUGCCCACAAUUCCGGGAAUUGGCUUCCCGACUCCUGUAAACUUUCAAGCGAGCAGCAGCUUUCCCACAGCAUUUUUCCCGAGCGUGCUUGCUGAUGCUGAUUGUGACAUAUUCGUGGAUUCGACGAGCAGUUCCUUCGACUUCAGCAGUCCAAACUACCCGUUACAAUACCCGGCCUCCCAAGACUGUACUUACGUCAUUCCAAAAUCAUCGGCAGAAGUCUGUGCGAUGGUUAUUUUUUACAUCCCUUCCUUUUCUGAUGACUCCGGCCCCGGGUCGUGGCUUCCAGGAACUAUCAGCUUCUUGAGCAACGAGCUGACAAUCACUUUCCACUCUGAUUCGACCCAAAAUUCUCUGGACUACGGGUACCAGAUUAGGGUGAGUCAGCGGACGUCUAUCAACCCAAGUGGGUGUGGUGGCUUGGUGACCACUCCCACUGCAGCUCUGCAGUCUCCAGAAUACCCCAACCAGUACCCUCCAAACACUGACUGUCACUAUCUCGUCACCAAGACCUCCAGAGAUGUGUGCAAGUACCACUUCACCACUCCACUCCUGGAUCUCUACUUUCACUCCAACGCAUCGGGUUCAAGUCGUGGGUUCAGCAUUGAGGUCACUCAGGUCACCUGCGGACACUUCAGGCCCACUUAUCCAAUCUACCCAAGGUAUCCCACUUACAGGCCGCACUAUCACCACCACCGUUAUAAUUACAACAGCCGCAGACCAGGAUUUUUCAGGCCUACUAGACCGAUUUUGAAACCAAAACUGAAUCCAUUUUCGAAGUUCAAUCCUUUCUCCCGUCGUCGUUACUCAGGUCAUUACACAAGUCUUCCCCUCAGCUCCAAUAACGCUCCAAGUUAUGGUACUUCAGUUCCAAGUGGUAGAACUCCAGCAGCAAGUUACAAGGACCCAACGACAAGUUAUGGGGCACCAGUUACAAACUACAGGGCCCCAGCCACAAGUUAUGGGGCACCAGUUACAAACUACAGGGCCCCAGCCACAAGUUAUGGGGCACCAGCCACAAGUUAUGGGGCCCCAGCCACAAGUUAUGGGGCCCCAGUCAUAAGUUAUGGGGCCCCAGCUACAAGUUAUGGGGCCCCAGCCACAAGCUAUGGGACACCAGCUGCAAGUUACGAUAUAAGCAUAGGUUAUAUUUCCCCAAGUACAACCUACACUACAUUUAGUCCCGGAUAUUUGCCUCCCAUUCCUGAUUACACCACCCAUAAUCCCUUCAUUCCCUUUUUCCCAACUACUCCCUACCCAAUCACCACACCUUUUCCGACCAUCCCAUCUACCGUCUCUACCUCAUCGACAACCUCUUCUCCUACUCAGCCUACAGUCACUCCUGUUUUCUUUUCACGGCCUAUCCUUAAGCCAGCACCUGAAAUCCUCUUACCUCAGGCGUUUAAUAUUAGCAACACCAGGGCAACAACAAACCCUGACGUCGAGAGGAUUAAGCCCACCUUUAGGCAGCGGGACCCUAAAGUGAUACAAAUGCACGAUGGCCGUGAAGAAGACGCGUCCUGUCGUCAGGAUUUCAACAGCACGAAAUUCACUAUCCAGAGCCCAGGCUAUCCUGGUCCAUACUACACCAACAUGAGAUGCAUCUACACUAUCAUCAGGUAUGGCGUGGACGUGUGUGGUGUCGAAUUCCUCACUGACCAGUUCGACGUAGAGGAAACAGCUGGAUGCUCUGAGGCUAGCCUGGUACUGGCUGGACGUACAUACUGUGGAACCAUCCCCCCAGGCUCCCACAGUGUGGUACCCUUCCCUAGGGAGGGACCAAUCAUCAUGAUGUUUGUCACAGGACGCUUCCACACGGGCGCCGGUUUCAGCCUCCGGGGCCGCCAGAUUCCUUGUUCUGAACGAUCUCCUAUGGUGACUUCAGAGGAUAACAAGUCUGGCUCUAGAGUAAUGAGUCAUCAAAACCCUAAACGAGAGAUCAAGGAAGAAGAGAAGGAGGCAGCGCCGCUGCGAUCGUCGGAGGGACACCAGGAGGCCGAGUGGGUGGACGGAUGGACGGAGGAAGACACAUGGGCAAACGUGGGUAAAAUAUCACUUUUACCUGAGCAUUAUGGCUGAGGUAUUGCUCAAGGCUGUUG